UCUUUCAACUUCAUUCCACAUGAAGGGCAACAAACGAGGAGCAUCUAGAAACAGAAGACACUCAGCGUUGCAUGCAUUUUCCCCAUCGCGACUGACAUCACAUAGUUUGACACCAGGAAGUGGUUCUCCAUAGACUCGGGGGCCGGAUAGUGCAACAAUUUAGGCGAAUUGAGCAACAGGAGUCAUUUCAUUGAGGUAUACGUGCAAGAAUAUCGAGGACCCGAUAACAGAGUCAUCAAAACUUAUUGCACAGCAGCAAGACUGGGGUUUGAAAUCGCAUCGAUCAUCGUCAGUUUCCGGUUGUAAGAGGCGUAUGAAAAUGGCAGUGUCCCAAGGACGGAUGAUCACAUUUCUUUUUCUGGCCGGGUUGUUGCAAUGUGCGACUGCUGCGACGUACACAGUUGGAGAUGCUACGGGAUGGACAUUUCCUCCGACUGCAACAUUUUACGACGAGUGGGCCAACAACCAUACCUUCAAAGUUGGUGAUCAGCUUGUGUUCCCAUAUACUAGUGGAGUCCAUGAUGUUUUCCAAGUGAGCGAGGCCGAUCUUGCAAGCUGCACGAAGACGAGCCCCAUUCAAACGUGGACGGACACGAACUCCACAGUGACACUGACUGCUGCUGGCAGUCAUUACUACAUCUGCUCAAUUGGUACCCACUGCGCGGCAAAUAUGCAUAUGAGCUUGCAAGUGGUUGCUGCAGACUCUCCAGCCGGUUCUCCUCCGAGUGCCUCUCCCACAAGUACUCCUCCGGCCAGUGGACCUUCGACUCCUACUCCACCUCCACCUCCACCAGCUACUCCUACCACCACCACGCCUUCUGCUCUUUCACCUGCACCACCACAGAGUGGCGCUUUCACUCUGAAAUCCGGCUCCACUCUGUUCUUCGCUGCGUUGGCUGCUGGUUGGGUGGCAAUCCUGAUUUAAGUUUGCGCAUCUCGAGCUGUGACAAAGCCCAAUUCUUCUGUCCGUCGACAGAUAUUGUAUCGUAUCUAUGUGAUCGACGUUGCAAACAGUGAAACAACAAGAAGAAGAAGAGUUACGUCGCGCAUCAACAUAAAUGGACGAAGAACCGGACAAGAACCGUAGAUGAAGAAUUUGAAAGCAGUGCAGAUUUAAGCUGAUCAUAUUAAUGCAGCUGUGUACACAAAUUUUGGUUAAUCCGUG